AAAAUGAGGUAUUUUUAUUUAAUUUGGUCCUUUACAAUUUAUUCAGACAGAAUUGUUUGAUUUACAGUUGUGCAUGGCACAGCGUCUUGUUGAAACCAGUAACCGGUCAGACCUUUUUCACGAAUUCCGUAUUGUACAGCGUAAACUCUUCAGUUUUUACGCGUUUGUUAAGCGAUCCAUGGCUAAAAUUGCACUGAAUCAACGUUUCCAAAACUGGUCUACUCAAGUUAAUCGGUUCAGAAAUGUCAAAGUCAUUAGAUAUUAUUCGACAUAGGGCCAUAAAAGAUGGCACACCCUGUACAUAUAUUUAAUUAAUUGCUAAUCGGAAGCACAUUGGCAUAUGUCUUAUACAAGGUACAAUGUUCUGCAGUCUGUUCCAUGGGUUUUACACACAUCGUUUAAUCCAUAAAUCAGUCCCAAGAGGCUCGCUAGCAAAGGCACAAUGAUGAACGACGUGAAGCGCUACAAGGAAAAGCUGACGCGAGUCAAGAGGGAGAUGCAGGGUAUCUACCAACGUACCAAAGAGUUGAAGAAACGCGCCGCCAACGUGGCGGCAUGCAAACAGCGUGAUUACCAGCGCAAGCUCGAGAGGCAGCAGCACGAGGAGUCGCUCAUUGGCGGCCAGAAGACGCAGUAGAACAGCGACCGCUUGGCAGCGUGCAAUUUAAAAUAAUAUUUGGAUUUUUCCAUUAAUAACUAUCUAAGUACUAAAUACACAAACAACAGUAGAACAAAAGUUGGACCAUUUGGAAAAACAUAUUAAUAAUUAUUUGUAUAAGUGUUAUGCAGCGUGUAUCUGCUACGAUACGUUGGAAAUUAUUAUAUUUCUUGACUGUAAUUUAGGUAUAAUUAAGUAAAUACUUUGGAGAUUUCGCAAGAACAAAGCCACAUGCACGCAGAGCGAGGCCAGCGCCAUGAGCCAAUCGAAUACAUUUAGCUAUCAAUAUUAAAUAAUAUAAUCAUAUGUUAAACAUUAAGAUCGAGAGUGUGAGAAGCAAUAUUUAAACAUUCACAGCGCCAAAAGCAGCGGCUUAUUUAUACUUAAAUUUAUAGUAAAAGUUGAUCAAAAAAAUGUAA